CUGCAGCCUAUGAUAGCAACCCUUGGAUUUUAAUCCCCAGUUCUUCUGUCCCGAUCUUGAUCUCUGCUCUUGUCCAAUUCUUUUGUUGUCUGUCGGUGUCAGCGCCGCUGUCACUUUUUGGAAAUGAAGCACAUGCGCCGUCUCGUCCCUCCCACUCGGGCUCUUCGCCAAAUCCUCCUCACUCCUCAACCUGCCUUUCGUCCUCAAUUCUUCCAACUCACUCCCCGCAUCAAUGAAAUCCCCACUCGAUCCUACAGCCCGACUACUCCUCUCCUCAAAUUCCGCACAAGAGCUACCCCUCGUGCCCUGCCGCAAUACAUCCUCGACGAAGAGAUCGGAGCGCUAUAUGUCCAAAUCGUGAACGAAAACAACAGCCUUGACCCCCCUGUCAGUCUUCGAGAUGCGCUGCGACAAAUCGACCGUUCAAGUCAAACAUUGCAGCAGGUGUCACCGGGUAGUGGGGAUGGAGUGCCGAUUUGCAAGGUUGUAAACAAGUUUGAGCUUCGGGAAUUCGCAAAAGCAAAGGCGAAACCUGUCAAGGAUGGUCUUAAACAGCUAGAACUGAAUUGGGCCAUUGAUGCUCAUGAUCUGGCACAUCGCUUGAAGCAACUCACAACUUUUCUGGAGAAGGGUCGGAAGGUGGAGCUAAUUUUGACGAGAAAGAAGCACAAGCGAUCUCCUACUGUGGAGGAGGUCAAGAAUCUCAUGGACCGGGUCAUGGAGACGGUUCGGGAGGCCAAAGCCUUGCCGGUCAGACCCAUGGAAGGAGAGCCGGGCAAGCAUGUGGUGCUGGUGGUGAAGAAGGAUGUUUGAGAGGAUAAGGAAACAUGAUGAGUUGAUGGAGUUUAUUUAGUAUGUAUACUAUUAACGGCCUUGAGUGGUAUUGGUUCUGUACAUAUAACGGACCACUCUCUAUCAUCGGUGCUUGGAAAUGCCUUAUCAAGCUUCUUUUCCAUCACUAUUGACAUGAUGUGUCUUAUACCCGACAAAACGAAGGUGGCAUUAUGAGC